AUGUGGAUGUGCCUGGUUGCUUCGUCUAUUCUACUGUUAUUGUCUGACAUGCAGUCCGGCCAGGCGGGGGGCUACCUCGGACCAACGGUCAUGCCUCAAUUCAUGAGUCCGCAGCGACCUGGCAACGAAAACUUACCACCAAACACGGUAGUAGCACCGGUUGCACAGAACAUUGGGUUACAGUAUCCGCCCUGGUCCGGCUCGGACGCAGAUGACUUGGAGUAUCCGACAGUAAACGUUCAUUACGACUUCGAGCCGAAAGACUGGAACAAGAAGAGAGAAGAGCUGCGCGAUAGAAUCGCUCUCCGAAGAGAGAGAAAUAAGUUCUUGGCCAACGCGGAUCAGGACCAGAUGGACCUUGCGGAUGUCAUAGAAGGCCAGAAUUCGCAGUUGCAAGGGAUGAGUGCUUUGCUUGUUGAACAAGCAUUGCAAGCGAGAAAUACAGCGGCCGGGGUCGUCGAGAAGAAAAUCCCAGAAGCUAUCAAAACAGGAACUGCACUGGGCACGAACGCUAUGGCACAGAUCGAAUCCCGUCUGAAUAGUAUGUACCCACCUCCCUUACAUAAAAACAAGUCUUUCUCCGGUCCACAUAUUCGGAGCUAUUCGGCAACUCCUGACAUUUUCGAGCAUUUGGCAGACGAGCUUACUGUUAUGUGA